AGGAUUGUGGGAGUUUGAGUCCUAAGCAUGAGCGACCGCCCUUUUGAAAGCAGCCAGACAAGCCGUCCUGCGCUACAUGCAUGGAAGGAAUGGUCACGGUAAAACCACCCGCUGAAGCACUAUAAACCCCCUCCAGGCAAUCAUCAAUACGACAAUGGCGGCUGAAGUUGGAGGAGGAAGUGAGUUCCCCGCUCAUUACAAAGUCAUGAUGGAUAAGCUCAACGAACAGCGACAGUUGGACCAGUUCACAGACAUUACUUUGAUUGUAGACGGACACCAGUUCAGAGCACAUAAAGCAGUGUUGGCAGCGUGCAGUCAGUUCUUCCACAAGUUCUUCCAGGAUUUUACCCAGGAGCCUUUGGUGGAGAUUGAAGGGGUUAGCAACAUGGCGUUCCGGCAACUGAUGGAGUUCACGUACACCGCCACAUUGGCCGUAGCGGGAAAAGAAGAAGCCUACGAUGUGUGGAAGGCUGCCGAAUACCUCCAGAUGCAGGAAGCCAUCAAGGCGCUCGGCAACAAGAUCGACAAAAUUCCUUCAGUGACGGAACAGCGAAGCAGUAGAAAAAGGAAGAUUACAGAGACGUCUUACGUGAUUGCAGAACAGGUAGAGGUAGAGAUGAUAACUGAUGGUGCCAUUGCGGUGGAGGAUACAGGAUUGGAGGAGGUAGUCGAUGUGGCAAACAACGCCCAGUCAAACGACUCGGCGUUGGCGCUGCUUGCUGACAUAACCAGCAAGUACCAGCAGGGGGAGCCUUCCCUGCAAGAAGUGAAGAAAGGAGACAUUGAAGAGGAAGUCCUCUAUCAGGAAGAAACAGUGACAGCUUCUAAAGUGCUCGAGAAUGUCGAGCUGGUGGAGGUCCAGAUAUCUCAAGUGGACAACACCUUUCGCUGUAGCAAGUGUGACCGCAGCUUCAAGCUGUACUAUCACCUGAAGCAGCACCUGAAAACGCAUCUGGGUAUGAUGAAAAAGCAGCACGUGUGCAGCCACUGCGGCAAAGCCUACACACGGGAGGGCGCCCUCAAUCAGCACCUGAGCUCUUUCCAUUUCGAAGCAGAGGAGCUGGCCCAAAAUCAGAAAGCCCAAAAGAGAGUCCAUGUCUGCGAAUACUGCAAGAAGCACUUUGACCACUUUGGACACUUUAAGGAGCACCUCCGAAAGCAUACUGGUGAAAAGCCAUACGAGUGUCCGGACUGCCAUGAAAAAUUUGCAAGGAACAGCACACUCAAGUGCCAUAUGGCCGCCUGUCAGAACGGAGCGGGAGCCAAGAAGGGACGGAAGAAACUCUAUGAAUGUCAGGUGUGCAACAGUGUAUUCAACAGCUGGGACCAGUUCAAAGACCAUCUCGUAAGCCACACUGGAGACAAGCCCAAUCACUGCACCAUGUGCGACUUGUGGUUCACUAACCCUAAAGAGCUUAAGGGCCACCUCAAAGACACUCACUCCAUUGAGGACGACCAGUUGUCUCAACAGAUUGUGGUCGGGGACACGGCGGCGCUCGCCAUCACGACGCAAAACAUUGAGACAACAGAAACGGUGCUGCUGGACGACGGCAUCCAAGUGGAACAUGUCACGAUGGACCCCAUGGAGGUGAUGGAGAUGGAAGAGACCACCACAGUGGUGGUGGAGGAGGACGGAGGCAUGACUGAGAUGUGUGAGGAGGACAUGGAGAGACUGAAGCAGGCCGGCGUGCAAAUCCAGGUGGUGCGCGUGUCCUCUAGUGAUGUAGAACAGCAUAUAAUCUGCCCUCAAGUGGAAGUAGAAGUGGACGGGGAGGGGCUGAACGUAGACGACACCAUACAUGCGGUGGUUGUAUGAAAAUGUACAUCAGAUGAGACUUACUUUGAGAACUGAUUACUGCAUGGACACUGUACAUCAUCAAAAUAUCCUCUUUUUUUUUGUCAUUGUUCCCAAUGCUCCCCAUGGACAGCUGUGUAUUCGCCAUGUAUUUCAACACGUCCAUCAUAUCACACAUUUAAGUAAAGCCCUGUGAUUUUUUCAUUUGGCUCGCUGGUAAAAUGGCGUGGCUUCUCUUAUCAAAAAUAACACACAACAGUGCUUGGCAGCAAUGUUACACUUUUGAUCAACCAGAUUGAAUGAUUUUUGUAGGAAAAAUAACAAUAAACUGCUUACAGAAUA